AUGACAUUGAACAAACGAGUGGCGGAAUGUUACUUUCCUGUCUGUGUAAAAAUGGAAGUAAACAGAGAUAGCCUGAUCAACAUCAGACAUUAUAGGGCAGAAAUCCAGAAUAAAACUGACAGAAUAGGUAUCAUGAACAAUGAGAAUAUCCUCUUUAAAAGGGAAUCUAUGAUGCAGUACAUUCGAAAGGACCAAAGAAGGAAACAUACUUUUUUUGAUGCGGCAUGACCGACCAGUUGACAAUGGCAUAGACCUCACGAACAUGCAACGGAACCUCCUCAGGAAAGGUGACGUACUUUCGAAGUUUGUGCCAAGUUUGCUGAUAGAACACACGCACUUGGGCCUUGGUACGACCUACAGAUUGUGCAGUUGCGGGGUUAUUAGGCAAUAGACCGGCAGCAGCUGCAACUGGAGAAAUUACGGUUGGGGCAUUUGGCUUCGUUGCAGUACCUGAGGCUUCACAAGAUGUUGAAGCUUGAUUAGCAAAAGCGCCCGUGGAUAUAUCCACUCGAUGGCCUCGAGAUUGGAUAUAACGAGCGAUCUCUCUGUAAUUACGACCAUACUAAAAAUACAAAUAAUUCAUGGAAUUCCAACUUACAAUACGAACACCCUCAAAGAAUAACCUUCGGUCUUCUAGUGUCCACAGCUCUCGUAAAGGAACUUUUGGUUCUAACAAUGCAAAUAGCUAAAAGAGACAGUAUGAUUUACUUUGACGCGGUUUGGAGGCAGGCUCUUCAGUUUUCUGUUGAGAGGCUGAUGGUCCAGGUUGAGAAUUACUGCCUUCAUCAUUUUGCAAAUCGGUAUUUACUCGUAAAGACGGAGAGCCCAUACGAGCUGUCCUUCGAGCUUUUACGCCAGCUGCUAUGUUAG